UGAAAGUUUAUGGUGGGUUGCAAGAUAGAUUAUGUGUGCGCGUUACAACGCGGUCGGCGGGGUUACCGUGGCAACUGAGGGAGAUUUGCCCGAGAGGCCGGUGAGCUUCGGGUUGCUAUAGCAACGCUGCCCCGCGUGUGACAGGUUCUCAAGAUGGCGUUGCAGGGCUGGUUGGAGAGUCUGAAGGCUGCGCAGAAAACGUGCAUUUUACAGGAUGGAAGAAGAAAAGUUCAUUUUUUGUUUACUGACGGCAAGGAAAUGGCAGAGGAAUAUGAUGCAAAGUCACAUGAACUAAUAGUUAGGAAAUGGCGGCAGAAGUCUGGCCUUGGGGCAUAUGGUCAGUGGCAGAUUGAAGUGGGUGAUCCACCGCUGCCAGGUGCUGGGACUAUUCAACCUGAUUUUCUGAAGGAAAGCAGCUCAAAUCCCACUUUCACAAGAAAAGACACAAAAAGUAGCUUCCAGUGGAGAAUCCGCAACCUGCCUUAUCCAAAAGAAGUGUAUAGUGUUACUGUGGAUAAAAAGGACCGCUGCUGCAUUAUACGAACUACAAACAAAAAAUACUAUAAAAAGUUUUCUAUUCCCGACCUGGACAGAUGCCACCUUGACCUGAAUGAAAACGCAAUCAGUUUUGCCCAUGCCAAUAACACGUUAGUUGUCACAUAUGAGAAGCCCAAGGAAAUCCUGUCAAUAGAAGAAGAGCUGCAGAGAGAAGUGAAAUCUAUGAAGGCGACUACUGACGGGGACGUGGAGUGUAAAACCCAGUGACUGUACAGAACCAUAAGCUCUUUAUGUAGAAUUUUAAAUGCAGGAAAAAAUAUAUAAAUGUAAAAAAAAA